CUGUCGCGUCUCCGCCGACUUGACCGCGUCGCAGAGCUCCGACUUUCCGUCUCUUGCCAUCUGGACAUCUACAUCACCAUCACAACCCCGAAAAUGUCUUCACCAGACGAUUUGAUUGAGGAGGAGCCUCCUGUAAUUGAACCCUAUGAGGUUCUUGGACUAGAGCGCGAGGCUACGGCCGACCAGAUCAAGUCAGCCUACCGGAAGGCAGCUCUCAAAAACCACCCAGACAAGGUCGCCGACGAUAAGAGAGACGAGGCGAAGGAGAAAUUCCAGUCCAUUGCCUUUGCGUACGCCGUCCUGUCCGACCCGGCACGACGCAAGCGCUAUGAUUCCACAGGCUCGACUUCUGAGUCCAUCGUCGACUCGGAAGGCUUCAACUGGUCCGACUUCUACCGCGAACAAUUCCGAGAUUCGAUAUCUGCAGACGCCAUCGAAAAGUUUGCCAAGAAGUACAAGGGCUCCGACGAGGAGAAAGAUGAUGUACUGCUUGCCUACACGGAACACAAGGGCGACAUGGACAAGAUUUACGAGACGGUGAUGCUGAGCAACGUACUCGAGGAUGACGAACGCUUCCGCAACAUCAUCGACGAUGCAAUUGCCAGUAAAGAUGUCCCGACCUUCAAACGAUACACCAAGGAGAGCAAAUUGUCCAAGGCGGCCCGCGUCAAGGCAGCAAAGGGCGAGGCGCAAGAGGCCGAGGAGUACGCCAAGGAGUUGGGCGUACACGAUAAGCUCUUUGGUGGUGGCAAGGCAACCGAAGGACGGAAGAAGGCGAAGGAAGGUGGCGAGGAUGAUCUGGCAGCGCUCAUCAAGAGUAACCAGCAAAAGCGCGCCGGCUUCCUAGAUGACCUUGCCGCCAAGUAUGGGCCCACCAGCCAGCCCAAAAAGGGCAAGAGGAGAGCCGUCGAAGAGGAAGAGCCGUCAGAAGAGGCCUUCCAGGCUGCUGCUGCGCGGUUGAAGAAGUCCAAGACAGAGGAGAGCAAACCCGCAAACGCGGGACGGAGAUCAAAGCGGUAGACCUGGCAGGUGUGGUUACGGCGUCUUGGGUUAUGGAUCACAGCAGGCAUAAUACGACGGGAAUGGCUUACAUUAUGAUGGAUGGCGUUACAUUGAAAUGUUUAUCUACGACGAAGAUGCCCUUUGGCUUUUGCACCCUUCUUUCCUUGGACCUGUUCCGAAGGUGCAUGUUGCUUAGCGCAUU